AUGUCCACACCCAAUCUUCGUCUAGAAGCACUCAAUAUACUGAGUAAAGUGCCGCUUAUUGAUGGUCACAAUGACUGGCCUCAUCUUAUUCGCGCUUACUAUAAGAAUGCACUGGAUGACCGCUUUGCAGUGAACAAGAAUCUCGCUGGUCAUGUAGAUGUGAGUCGGCUGAUACGUGGAAAAUCGGGAGGAGCUUUUUGGAGUGUUUUCAUGCCUUGCCCAAAAGGAGAAGCUGACUUGGAGAACAUGGUCCGAGAUACCCUGCAACAAAUAGACCUGGUCUACCGUCUCGCAGAACUAUAUGCAGAUAAAUGGGAAAUGUGCGAGUCUGCAGACGACAUCAUGCGCAUAUUCGAAAAGGAUAAGUUUGUUUGUCUUAUGGGUGUCGAGGGACUGCACCAGAUCGGAGAUAGUAGCAGUGUCUUACGCAUGUAUCAUAAACUCGGCGUUCGAUAUGUGACUUUGACACAUAGCAAGCAUAAUCAGUACGCUGAUAGUGCAACAUCGAACCCUCCACUACAUGGAGGAUUGUCAGCUAAGGGCAAGGAAAUAAUCCGUGAGAUGAACCGGAUUGGCAUGAUGAUCGAUCUAUCUCAUACAAGCAGAGAAACCACCUUAUCCGCCUUAGAACUUUCUUUAGCACCUGUUGCAUUCACCCAUUCCUGCGUCGCAAAUAUAGUCUCUACGGACCGGAAUGUCAGUGAUGAAGCUUUAGACAAGCUCAAACUAAACCGAGGGAUCAUCAUGAUCGCGCUCAUCCCUACGUUGAACCAUCUUGACUCUAGUAUUGCAAACAUUAGUCACGUCAUUGACCAUAUUCUUUAUGUUGCCGAACGAAUCGGCUUUGAUCAUAUUGGUCUUGGAUCCGAUUAUGACGGUAUGAUGAAAGCUGUCAACGGUCUCGAGGAUGUCUCAAGGUAUCCUGACCUCGUGGAGGCUAUGUUGAUAAGGGGCAUAUCACGAGAGAACGUGGAAAAGAUCAUCGGCCGCAAUGUAAUUCGAGUGCUGAAAGAGGUUGAAGAGUGCGCUAAGAGAUAUGGGCGAGAGCUUAGCGUCCUGGAGGAUUCAGUAAAGCCACUUUGGGACGAUGACCUUUGCGCUGUAGUCAAAUCUGUGUAUCCUGAAGCCGAGCAUUAA